AUGAUCUCCCAAGUCUCAACCGACAUUCCGCUAGCAGAAGACGACCCUAUAAUCGGCUUCCAAAAGAAAGAUCUAAUUGGCCUUGAUCUACCACACAAUGACGCUCUUGUCAUCAGCAUUCAAAUCGCUCAGGCCAUGGUCGGCCGAAUCCAUGCAGACGAGGGCAGUGCGGCCAACAUCCUACAAUUGACAGUUAUCCAACAGAUGGGCUUAGAGGCAAAGAUCAAUAAAUCAGCCAAGUCGCUGACUGGUUUCAAUGGAGCAACAACGGUCACCGUAGGCACGAUAGAGCUCGACGUCUACGCCCCACCUGUAAUCAGCUCUCAAACGUUCAUGGUCAUUGAUGAAGUCUCACCCUACAAUGGCAUUCUAGGCAGACCAUGGAUCAGCAAGAUCAAUGCCAUCACCUCCGCCACACACCAGAAGAUUCGCUACCCAAUUCCUUGGGGUGGGAUCGGCCAAAUCAACAGCGAUCAGGCGAUGGCGAGGAAAUGCUCAGCUCAAGGGCUGAAGAAAGGCAAGCAAACACAGUUCCUCCCUGUGAAUCAAGCAGAUCUAAAGGGAGUAGAACAAGCAGAUGAGAAAGUAGAUCCCCAAUCAAAGAAUCAGGACCAAGUCGAGGGAAUCCGUCCGGAGGUCUAUCCUGAAGAAGGAUGGAAGCCCGAGGAGGACGUUGAGCUAGUACCCCUUGAUCCUGACAAGCCAGAGAGAACAGCGCGGAUCGGCUCGCGCUUAAGCCAGGAGGAAAAGGCAGAGCUUAUUGCUUUCCUCCAGAACAACAAAGACGUAUUUGCAUGGUCACCAUCUGACAUGCCUGGCAUCGAUCCCCAGAUCAUCUGCCAUCGCCUACACGUCAACCCAGCCAUCAAGCCUGUAGUGCAGAAGAGACGCAACUUCGCCCCCGAGCGAGUCACCAUCAUUGAAGCCGAGAUCGACAAGCUUCUAGUUGCCGGUUUCAUUGAAGAAGUCUCAUACGCAGAAUGGCUGGCGAACGUUGUUCUAGUAGCAAAGAAAGAUAAAGGCCUGUGGAGAGUGUGCGUCGACUAUACUGACCUCAACAAGGCAUGUCCUAAAGAUAACUUUCCACUGCCGAGAAUUGACCAGCUCGUCGAUUCAACUUCCGGCAAUCAACUGCUAAGCUUCAUGGACGCCUACUCCGGUUACAACCAGAUCAUGAUGCAUGAAGACGACAAGGCAAAGACCUCUUUCAUCAUCGAAAGAGGUACCUACUGCUACAAGGCCAUGCCCUUUGGGCUGAAGAACGCCGGGGCAACCUACCAAAGGCUGGUGAAUAAAAUUUUCAAAGAGCAAAUCGGCAAGACUAUGGAGGUCUACGUGGACGACAUGCUAGUCAAAGCUCCCGAGCUAGCAGACCACAUCGAGAAUCUUGCCGAGACAUUCAGCCUACUCCGAAAAUACAACAUGAAGUUGAACCCGAGGCUUAAGCGGGUGGGCUUUGGUAGGGGCUUAGGUGUGCAACCGAGGGGUCAUCGAGGUCAACAGGAACACGGAUAG